AUGGCCGGAUAUAUUUCGCUUAUCUUCAAUGUGCAACUUACUGCACCAUCUUUUACAAGGUUGCUGUAUCAUGGAGCGAUUGCUAUGACUUUGACUCCCCCGCCAGACGCCGAGACCAGACUAAUUGACGUUAUUGUGGACCAGCCACUCUGCCCCCUACAGCUUGUUGGCCCAAGAGCUGAAUACCAUGUCAGCCUUGAGAAUCGUUGCGCAAGCGAGUGCGAAGUUACAGCCGCAAAGGAUGCCGCUACCUGUAAUCUUUGGGUAGUUGAAAAACUGCAAGUCAGUGAAGGCAAGAGAGUGGCUUCUCAAGCGGCCGCCAGCUUACUCCAGAGCGUUUUGAAGGAGCGAGAUAAGGUCGUUGUAAGAACUGGAGGUAAUAGCGGUGAGAAAAAGCAUGGCCUGGUGGAAGAAAUCGCCCAAGCGGCCGCAACAGGUAUCGGCACUAUCUCCGAGGCCUUACAUCACAGAAAAGAGAAGAAGUCUAGAGCUCUCCAUCUAGACGAGACUUCAGUUCAUCCAGGCAGUAUCAGCAACUCAGAAUCGAGACCCACACAUCUUGACAAAGGGAUGAGAAAAGCGAACUCCACGGAAUUUGAAGCAGCAACGCCCAUAUCAACUUCGCCACCUGCUAGAGACACAGAUGAGCUUGCAUUGGCUUUUAUCAAACGACAUCCAUUGGACAUUACUGGGAGUUCUGAGGACAGGCAGAGACUCUCUCUGCCAGUCCUCAUACCUCAGAGACGGCCCGAGAAGCGAGCUCGGGGUUUCAUACGAGCCUACGCUCCCAUGAUGGCCGACGUUGAUAUCAAUCAAGAUACUUUACUGGACUUCAUCGAUACUUUUAAUAAGUCACUCGAACCCAACCCUUGGAUCAGCGCCGUCAAUUUGGCGGGGUUUGCAGGGGAAGCGCUGCCCGAUCCGGCAUCGCUGCUCUUCGGAUUCGCCGUCGAGGCUGCCACAAAGGCUAUCAUGGAGGGACAAAGUCUCUUUUGCUCCAACAAGUUCUUGAACUGCGUCAACGUAGAGUUCUUCAUUCCGCGAGGGUUAGUCUGCCUCGUCGUCACAUGGCAGCCCGGCAAUUACAGCGGCCAAUUCGCAACCAACUUUGAGGAAGAAGUGGAUUUGCCCCAGGCCAGGCCUGAUUUAAGGCAGGAAAUCGCAAAUGUUGCCGCAGGAAAUGAGAAGCCCUUAGAGGGCUGGCGAGAGUUGAAGACACAGAUGUACGACUUGAUGAAGCCCACUCGUGGCGACUUCAGCUGGCCUGAGCCGGCGCCUCUUAUCUUCCCGGACUUCGAGGGCACCCCCGGAAAAGCUGAUGUUGAAGCAAAAAAGAAGAAUGCUUGGGACAGAAUCGAAGACUGGAUCAACGACCACUCAGACAAACGCGCUCAAGCUAGCUGGAUCGACGACAACAAGGAUUACGCGGGUAUGAACUUGAUGCCACAGCCAAGAUUCAAGUCACGAUACGCUGAUCCGAAUCACCAAGCAUCUAGCGGAGAUCUUGUCUCCCUGAUCACAGCAGGCCGGUGGAGGCUUGCUAAGAACAGUAAGGCUGAAUCCAGCAAACAGCCAGAGAAGAUGGCAGAUACGAAUUGUCAUAAAGAGAAAGAGGUGCAGGAGGGCGGCAAGAAGUACAAAACGCAGAAUACAACAGAAGAAAGAAAGAAAAGCCUGCUGGGAGCGGGGCGAGAGAAGAAGGAUCAUGGCGAGACGGGAGAAAUGGCAAAUCGCCAGGAAAGGAACCGGGAGACUAUGAGCCCGAAUGGUCACAAACAAGAAGGGGGCAGCGCAAACGAUAUCUGGAAAGACAAUGCAACGAAGACAGAAGACGAAUGCAGAACUGGCGAGAUUGAAGAUGGCCGGGCAAGUGCAGGCGCGGAGAAAGGCCGGGCCAAGGAAGUGAAAAAGAAAGGUGGUUCUUCAAGCAAGUCUGUUAAUGUCUUCAAGGGUCUAUUCCAAAAGGGCUAUGCAACACGCUCACACUCCCAAUUCCCCUCGACAGUCAUCGUUCCUGUUCAUCAUUUCAACGCAUCUAGAUCCCCAUAUCAGCAAGAUCUCACACUGAAGCUUAAUUCUUCCAACCUCAUAUCAUCUGAACUUUGCUCAAUCUCCAAUCUCACUGAGCUCAGAGCCUCCAUAAGCCGUUUCACAUGGAGUUCGAUAGACUCAACGCCUACGACCUCAACUCUUAAUUACCUUCGCCAGAAUGAUGUUUUUGAUUUGUUAUGGUUAGCUUUUGACAGCAAACAAGCUGUUCAUGGCAUUUUCAAUGUCCAAGGCGCCGUGGCUGCUGGAAAAGCCGAGUUUGUUGUAUUCGCUUGGCAAAACCUCAUGAUGGAGGAUCAUCUGAGGGAUGUCAUUGAGCACCGUACAUGGCAAUUAUGCAAGGAAAAUCAAAUUCCCACGUUGUUUGUUAAUAGCAUGUACUUCCUGGGUCAUGCUUGUGGUUUUGAUUAUUCUAUCCGUGCUGUAGCCGUUACUUUCCAGGAAGGCAGCGAGCUGACAGAGGAGAUCAUGGACAUGAAGAAGAGGAUUCAAAGGCUCAGGCAGAUUCCCGACGACCCCGAAGCUGAAGACCGCCCGUGUGCCGGUGUUCUCGACAGGAAGCCGAGCGACUUCGAGGCUGAAGAAACUAUUUGCAUCGAAAAUCUCGGUAGCAAGCCCGAAGGUCUCGGGACUGAAAUACCAGUUUCGGCUGAUGUCCUUGAAAGUAAGCCGGGCAACCUCAAGGCUAUACAGCCCAUGCUGGCUGAUAGCAUUGGGAUUCCAGUUGAAACAUCUGAGAUUGCACAAUCUUCGCGGGCUGACAGCUUCGGGAGCACCUCAAGUGUAUCAAGCACGUCAGACUCGUCUGACGACUUCGAUUUUUUGGGGUCCAGCCGCGUUGAUAGCUUCGGAAGUCAAUCGAGCAUAUCUGACGGCUCCGUUGCUGGAGAUCCCACUUGUGCUGAGAGUACGGAAGAUGAAUGA